AGUGGAGGAAGAUGCGGGCUCGGGGUUCGGACCUACCUUUCCCUAGCAAGAGUGACGGAGUAGACAGGACUUGCCAGGUCUGCAGCGACGGCAGAGUCACCCAACCCACAACAGGCCCCACCCUCCCGGUAGCGCUGGUCCCCUCCCCAAGCCCCCAUCCCCACUCCCCCAGCCUCCCGGGACUAAAACCCGAGGAACUGCCGUGUCAGGUGGGCGGGACUGACUCUUUCAAUACCUAUCGGCGGGAGUCCUCAGCCCAGCCCCGCCGCCCCGAGCGCUAAGUAGCUAGCCGGUCACCGAGCGGACCCGACUCGGGGCAGCACCCGAGCGGGCCAGGCAGUAGUGGGCGCUCGCGAUCCUCCUCUGCCCGACGCGCUCUCCCUCAGCACCCGGCCUCCUCCGUCCCCUCCUCCCUCUCCGGCUCCUCCUCCUGCUCCUCCCCUCCUCGGGUCUGAUAGCCUAGCCUCGCGCCUGCAAAGUCCCCGGCUCGCGGGCAGCCACGAACCUCCGCCACUGCCGGGUCUCAGUGGGUGCCUGCGCCCGUGCCUCACCCGCCUGCCCAGGUCGUCCCGAGGCUCGCUCCGCCGGCCGCCGGUGCUCCACGGCGCUGCCCAUGGCCAAGCCCGAGAGCCGACUUCGGGCGCCAGACCGGCUGGAAGGUGGCGCGGCUCAGUAAUCGGAAGCCGGCGACACCCAUGUGUCACUGAUCCGGAGGCAUCCCUCGGAGGCAUCCCUCGCGGUAGCGCUUCAUGACCCAGCGGCGCCCCGCCCAGUGAAGCCACCGUGGUGUCCAGCAUGGCCGCGCUGCUCCUGGGCGCGGUGAUGCUGGUGGCCCAGCUCCAGCUAGUGCCUUCCCGCCCCGCCGUGCCCGGGGCCGAGCUGGGCCAGCCGGAGCUUGUGAGGAAAGCGGCGACCUUGCAGGGCGAGAUCCGGGAAGGCGCGGCCCCCAACGGCUCCGCCCAGCAGCUGCCGCAGACCAUCAUCAUCGGCGUGCGCAAGGGCGGCACACGCGCGCUGCUGGAGAUGCUCAGCCUGCAUCCCGACGUGGCGGCCGCCGAGAACGAGGUGCACUUCUUCGAUUGGGAGGAGCAUUACAGCCAAGGCCUGGGCUGGUACCUCAGCCAGAUGCCCUUCUCCUCCCCGCACCAGCUCACGGUGGAAAAGACCCCCGCGUACUUCACGUCGCCCAAAGUGCCUGAGCGGGUCCACAGCAUGAACCCGUCCAUCCGGCUGCUGCUCAUCCUGCGGGACCCGUCGGAGCGCGUGCUGUCCGACUACACCCAAGUGUUCUACAACCACGUGCAGAAGCACAAGCCCUACCCGUCCAUCGAGGAGUUCCUGGUGCGUGAUGGCCGGCUCAACGUGGACUACAAGGCCCUCAACCGCAGCCUGUACCACGUGCACAUGCAGAACUGGCUUCGCUUCUUCUCGCUGCGCCGCAUGCACAUCGUGGACGGCGACCGCCUCAUCAGGGACCCCUUCCCCGAGAUCCAAAAGGUAGAGAGGUUCCUGAGGCUGUCGCCGCAGAUCAAUGCCUCGAACUUCUACUUUAACAAAACCAAGGGCUUUUACUGCCUGCGGGACAGCGGCCGGGACCGCUGCUUACACGAGUCCAAAGGCCGGGCGCACCCCCAAGUCGACCCCAAGCUCCUCAAUAAACUGCAUGAAUAUUUUCACGAGCCAAAUAAGAAAUUCUUCGAGCUUGUCGGCAGAACAUUUGACUGGCACUGAUUUGCGAUAAGCUAGGCUCGGAACCUUUCCUAUUGUAAGUUCUAGUGUAUAUCUAGGGGGGCAAAAGAAUUUUAAAAGGGCAUUUAAGCUAUAAUUUAUUUGUAAAAUCCAUAAAUUACUUCUGUACAGUAUUAGAUUCACAAUUGCCAUAUAUACUAGUUAUAUUUUUCUACUUGUUAAAUUGAGGGCAUUUUGUAUUGUUUUUCAUGGUUGUUAACAUGUGUAAUAUGUCUCUAUAUGAAGGAACUAAAAUA